GAAGCUUUCGGGCGGCGCGGUGCGUGCGUCUUUGAGAGAGACCCCAGCCUGGGGCGCCAUGGUCUUUCUCACGGGGCAGCUGUGGCUGCGGAGCCGCGUCACCGACCGCUACUGGCGGGUCCAGGAGGUGCUGAAGCACGCGCGGCAUUUCCGGGGGAGAAAGAACCGCUGCUACCGGCUGGCCGUCCGGGCUGUAAUAAGAGCGUUUGUGAAAUGCACGAAAGCCCGGAGACUGAAGAGGAGGAACUUGCGGACGCUCUGGAUUAAUCGAAUCACAGCUGCCUCCCAGGAGCACGGCCUGAAGUACCCAGCGUUCAUCGGCAGUUUAAUUAAGUGCCAGGUGGAGCUCAACAGGAAAGUGCUGGCCGACCUGGCCAUCUAUGAGCCAAAGACUUUUAAAUCCUUGGCUGCUUUGGCCAAAAGGAGGCGACAGGAAGGAUUUGCUGCUGCCUUGGGGGACGGGAAGGAGCCUGAAGGCGUAUUUUCCAGAGUGGCACAGUACCACUGAGGGGACCCCGCCCUCCGCGGCCCGGUGUCUCGGGAAGAGGCUUCUCCCCAUGAUCAUCACUUGGAAGGGGCUCAGCCAUUUGCCGGCAGUGCGCUGCGCGCGGUCUGUGGUUGUGCCCACGCCACCGCGGCAGCGGGUCGGGGAGAAGCACCGCCUGUCCUCGGACCGGCCGGGAACGUCUCGUGUUUGCAGGCUGCGCUCUGAAUAAAGCCCGCGUGGC